AUGGUCGCCGCCAAGAAGCACGUCCCUAUCGUGAAGAAGCGCACUGCGCGCUUCUUCCGCCACCAGUCCGAUCGCUUCAAGUGCCUCGACCCCAGCUGGAGAAAGCCCAAGGGUAUCGACAACCGUGUCCGCCGUCGCUUCCGUGGCAGCAUUGCCAUGCCCUCCAUCGGCUACGGCUCCAACAAGAAGACCCGCUACAUGAUGCCCUCCGGCCACAAGUCCUUCCUGGUCAACAACGUCAAGGACCUCGAGCUUCUGAUGAUGCACAACCGCACCUACGCCGCCGAGAUUGCCUCUGCCGUCUCCUCCCGCAAGCGCAUCGACAUCAUUGCCCGUGCCAAGCAACUGGGCGUCAAGGUCACCAACGCCAAGGCCAAGGUUACCACCGAGGUUUAA